CCCAAUUGUCAAUAGAAUCCCUUUUGUACUGAUUUUGUCGGGAUACGCUUUGGUGGAGUGCAGACCCUGCAGGUAGAUCUUAGCUGAUGUUUGCCUCAGGAAAUGCUGCUUUUCUGCGACUGAUCAUGAAGAUGUUCACUCUUCUAAUCUUCUACUUUGGUGGUUAAAUGAGUGGUGUGGAAACUGUUGGAAAGCGCCUCAACCUAAAGAUAAAAAUCAUUUUGGCUGGACAAAUCGGGCUCAUUCCGGUUUGGGAAGAGCAUUUCUUUUCCUGGCCAGCUCCAAACGUUUCAAGCUCUGAACUAUUGAAUCAAGCCCACAAGUUCUGGGUAUUCUCUGCAAUUAAGCCUCCAGAAAUGUAGAAGAUUGAUAAGGUUUGCGCUGCCCUCUGUGCUUUUUGUCCACUGUUAAGGAAACACAAAAGAAAUGCAGCAGAAACGACACCUUCAGCGAGAGUGAGGGUCCUAUGUUUUUUUCAUUGCAACCACAAAAUUCCUGUUCUCAAACACAUUUGAUCUGUACGUCCAUCACAUCUUGUGCUGUCAACACAAUCGCC